AUGGCCUCACAAAAAGCAGCGAACUUGGCCAAGAUUGCCCCCGAUAAACGUGAGCAGCUGCUGGUCAUUGCAACAAAGAGGUGGCCAUGGCUCUUUGGCCUUGCCGACUUGUCCCAGAUUUGCAUCGUGGAACGAGCCACCUUGGUGGCAUGGAAGGAGCGGGUCGAUGCCGCGGAGGGUUCACCGCAUCCAGGCUGCAUCCCCGAUGCCUUGAGGAGCCCCAGCCCCAGGCCGAUGAUUUCGCCGGUGGAACGCUUUUCGCCCGGGCCUUUGGACUCCCCUAACCGGCGUCAACGCGUCCGCACGCGUCCGUUUGAGAUCUCCAGCCGUCCCAAUGCAGCUCGCCUCUCCCUGCGACCCUGGAGACACGGAGGUGCAGAUACCUUGGAGUCCUUCGAUGAGGUGGUGGCCCAACAUCGUCCCAACACCGCUCCGACCCAAGUCACGAAGUCCGCGAAAAUGCGCAGCGUGGAACAAUGGCUCAAGGUGCUCAUGCCGGUGGAAAAGGACGGCGUCUCGGAUGAAGCCGAGGCACGUCAGAACGAGAGUCGCAGCACGGCACGACACAGCGAAGCAAAAAAUCAGAUCGAAAGAGUUGCGCUGGAUGUGAAGCAGGGCAUGCCACAAACGCCACUCACGGAGCAGCUUCGACGCUGGUGUGCACGCCUGGCCCUACGGGAGGAGGUGUGGUUGGAGUUCACACUGGGCUCGCUGAGGGCCGAGUGCUUGCUGCUGGCCGACACGAUGCUGGUGCGCAUGACCAUGCAUGCUGGCCUGGUGGCCGUGGUUGUGGCGCGGCUGGGUUAG